AUGGUGCUGMUGUUCCUUCUGGCAGCUCUGCUGCAAGAAGCCCCCGAGCCAAACCCACCCCAGCUGAUCCGAGGGGAACUGCACGGCUCUGUCACCGUCCUGUGCCCCUCUGGGGACACCCGAGGGGACAACCAGAGCUUCUGGUGCAAAAUGGGCAGAAGCAGAUGCAUCCUGGUGGCCAACUCCGAUGGUUAUGUGGGCAGGAGGCACCAAGGACGGAUCCUCAUCACCCCCCGGCAGAGCUCCGGGGUUUUUAAGGUGCUGAUGAACGAUUUGAAGGAGGAGGAUUCGGGGCUGUACGUGUGCGGGACACGAGGGGCUCAGCACAGCCAGCUCGAGGUGGUGCUGCAGGUGGCCGCAGCCUCCACCCUUCCCAGGAGACCCAAAUUCCUCAGCGGCAUCAUCGGGGGCUCGCUGUCCUUCCAGUGCCACCACAACCCCGGGAGGACCUACCAGAGGAAAUACCUGUGCAGGUGGAAAGCUGGGAGCUGCUCGGUGCUGCUGGACGACAAGGGAUUCGUGCUGGAAUCUCACCGAGGGCGGGUGGAGAUGAUCGGGAGCGAUCCCAAGAACGGGAGYUUCGCGGUGCGGCUGCGGCGGCUGCGGCUGGAGGAUGCGGGGUGGUACUGGUGCGGGGCCAGCAGCGGGGACAGCGAAAUCACGGCGCCCCUGAAGCUGYUCRUCCRCACGG